AUGGACAUUAUCAAACAAAAACAUCCUGCUUGGAAGAGACUACUACACAAAUGGCAAGCAAGAAGAGAUAUUCCCUUUCGGCGCAAAUUCUUUAUCGGAUACGACCUAUACGGAAACACCUAUUGGGAAUUUACACUCGAUGGCAACAUGACUCGAUUACGUCGUAAAUUAGAACCAUACAAGGAAGAGAUUUUCAAAGUUGAUUAUUUCAAAACCAUACCACCACAAUGGCUUCAAUGGUUGAGAAGAACAAGAUUUGAUGCGCCAAGUUUAGAUGAAUUGGUACUGGACCAAUUACGACAACAACGAUUGAAAAUAUUGGCAAGACAAGCGGAUGAAAAAUGGCAAUUGGAAAAAUUGAGAUUGGAAGAGGAGAAUAAGGUGAAGUUGCAACAUGAAUUACAAAGAGCUGAAUUGGAUAAUGCACCUAGGAUCACUGAAGGAACAGAAGAGCCACAAGUGACUGAAACCAAUGAUCCUUGGAAACAAGCUGACGAGUCUAAGGGCGAUAAUCCUAUCGAAUCAGCUACCAUCAAGCCACGUUGA